AUGUACAGCUAUAAGAGGAGCUUCAAUGGCUUUGCUGCCAAACUGUCCGAGGAAGAGAAGAAGAGAAUCGCAAAUAUGGAGGCAGUUGUAUCAGUGUUCCCAAAUGGUAGAAAGGAGCUGCAUACAACUAGGUCAUGGGAUUUCCUGGGUUUUCCUCAAGAAGUUAAAAGAAGAACAAAUGUGGAGAACGACCUUAUUAUAGGAAUGCUAGACACUGGAAUUUGGCCAGAAUCAGAAAGUUUCAAUGACGAAGAUUUUGCUGCUCCCCCAAGCAAGUGGAAGGGCACUUGUCAGGCCUCAGCUAACUUCACUUGCAAUAAAAAAAUCAUCGGAGCCAAGUACUAUCGAGUCAAUGGAGAAUUUCCGCCAGGCGACAUCCAAUCACCAAGAGAUACAGAAGGUCAUGGAUCACACACGGCAUCAAUAGUAGCCGGGCGCUCCGUUAGCAGGGCAAGCUUGUACGGUCUUGGCUCAGGAACAGCUAGAGGAGGAGUGCCUUCUGCAAGGAUAGCUAUAUAUAAAAUAUGCUGGUCUGAUGGUUGUUCUGAUGCUGAUAUCCUAGCAGCAUUUGAUGAUGCAAUUGCAGAUGGAGUUGAUAUAAUCUCACUCUCAGUAGGAGGGUCUUUACCUUAUGAAUACUUUGAAGAUUCAAUAGCCAUUGGAGCUUUCCAUUCUAUGAAGAAUGGAAUCCUCACCUCCAAUUCUGCAGGCAAUUCCGGACCUGAUCCGCAAACGGUAACCAACCUGUCCCCUUGGUCUCUCUCUGUUGCUGCGAGUACCAUUGACAGGAGAUUUGUCACGGACGUGCAAUUAGGAAACGGUGAAGUCUAUGAGGGGGUCUCCAUCAACACUUUUGACCUAGAGGACCAGUACCCACUAGUUUAUGGUGGAGACGUUCCAAAUACUGCGGCAGGGUAUAAUGGAUCUGAAUCCAGGUACUGUGAAGAAAAUUCAUUGGACAAAAGUAAGGUUAGAGGCAAAAUUGUGCUCUGCGAUUGGACUUACAACGGAACAAUUAUUGCUGGAGCUGCUGGAGCUAUAAUGCCGGAUAAUGGAUUCAAAGAUGUUGCAUUCUCUUUCCCCAUAUCAUCUUCAUACUUGAGCACAAAUGAUGGCAACAAUAUUUACAAUUACCUAUAUUAAACACGUAAACCAACUGGAAGAAUUUUGAAAAGUAGUGAAAAGAGAUCAGAAUCUGCCCCUUUUGUUGUUUCCUUUUCAUCAAGAGGACCCAAUCAAAUUACAAAUGACAUUCUAAAGCCUGAUCUAAGCGCACCAGGAGUGGACAUACUAGCAGCUUGGUCUGAAGGUACAACUAUAAGCGGGGUAGUUCCAUACAACAUAAUUUCCGGCACGUCUAUGGCUUGUCCUCAUGCUACAGGAGCAGCUGUCUAUGUUAAAUCAUUCAAUCCAACAUGGUCUCCUGCUGCUAUCAAAUCUGCUCUAAUGAUUACUGCAACACCUAUGAGCUCCAGUGCAAACACUGAGGCAGAAUUAGCAUAUGGAUUUGGUCAAAUAAAUCCAAUAAAGGCUACACAUCCCGGUCUAGUAUAUGACAUGGGAGAAAUUGAUUACAUAAAAUUCUUGUGUGGUCAAGAAUACAGUACCAAGAAUUUGCAGAUUAUUACAGGGGCUAAGACACCUUGUACUUCUGAAACCAAUGUAACUGUUUGGGAUCUAAACUACCCUUCUUUCACAAUUUCUUCUUCGAAAAAUACAAACAUCACCCGAGUAUUUCAUAGGACCGUCACCAACGUUGGUACGCCAGUUUCCACUUACGAGGCAACUGUUGUAGCACCUGAGGGACUCACCAUUCGAGUAGAACCGAGCAUUCUUUCGUUCAGAUCAUUGGGGCAGAAGCAAUCAUUCGUGGUGUCAGUGACGGCAGAGAUAACUGACUCUAUGAUAUCAGGUUCAUUGGUGUGGGAUGACGGGGUGCAUCUAGUUAGGAGUCCUGUUGUUGCUUAUGUUUCUAAUUGA